CCUUCGACGCGCUGCAUGACAAGUGGCUGAGGGAGCCCUCCCACGCGCCUCCCCCCACCUCCUGCCGGUCGGGUGUGGUGGUGCACCUGCUCAGCGAGGCGGGAAACCGGCUGCCGGUGCGGGUGCGGGUGGACACCGAGACGGUCACGGAGGCGGGGCUGACCACCAGCGCAUGCUACCAUGUGGUGCAGAUGGAGCGUGUCCUUCCCUCGGAGGAGCUGGAGGAGAAGCGACUCGCGCUCAUUGCAAACUUCAACGGCGCAGUGCACCGAGUGUCACGACCCGACUCGCGACUCUUCAACUUCCCCGCCUCGUCCCUGGUUGGCGCCAACCUGUGUGACGUCAUCGACCUGUUCGCCGAGUGGCGCGAGCGGCACGGGGAGCUGGGGGUGCAGCUACUGCUGCUGGCGCUGCUGAACAGGGAGCAGGAGAUGCCGGGCGCCUCCUGGCGGGUCCGCGUGCAGGCCCCCCCGGGCGCGGAGCAAGCGGGGGGCGCGGAAGAGGGGCGGAAGGCAGCUGCGGACGCACCAGCCUGGCGGUCGGCCUGCCUGCAGGUCGAGGUUCACGCGGGUCACGACCACGGCGGCGGCCACCACGACCCCUCCUCCGCCGCCGCUGGCCCCCCCACCUCCUCCUCUUCCCAGGUUCGCGUGCGGCUGCUGCUGUGGCGCCGCGAGCUGCUGAGCGGUGUGGUGGAGGUGGACGAGGCGCUGGUAGUGCGGAGGCACGCAAGAACAAGAAGAAGGACAAGAAGAGCGUGCUCAAGCACUCCGCCCCCGACCUAGGCGUGGUGAGCCCCGUGCUCACCUUUACGGGGCCGCACCCCGACGGUGGCACCCUGCGCGUGCAGGUGCAGGGGGUGGAGACGCGGGGGCUGGGGGGCAGGCCGCG